AUGGUUGCCGUCCCAGUCUGGGCCUUAAAGGUCGGCUGCUACUAUGCCUUUAUAACAUGCGACACUGCCCCAGGUGUUUGGCCUGAUCACACGCCGACUGUCAUCGCCUAUCGUCCUCCAGUCUCGUCUCCUUCUAGUACUCCUAGUAGUUCUGUUGGAGUGAGCUCGACUUCAUUCGCUACUUCUACUCACUUGGGUUCCUCUACUAUCUCGGUGUCUCUGACCACCCCUAUUGGUUCCUCUAGCACAGUUGCACCAAGCACUACUGGAGCAUCUACCUUCGUUACUUUCACCUCCUCGGGCUCAAUCCCGUCGAGCUCUGUUUCCCAAUCUGUAAUCGUCACUGUCCCAUCCAGUUCUUCCAGUGUCCCUACCCAGAGUGGGUCGUCGUCUGUCUCAUCAGCCUCGGCUUCUAGCUCUGUUGUUUCGUCCGGAAGUACUUCGGUCAGCUCAUCCACCUCCGCUGUUUCUAGCAGCUCGCCUUCUUCGUCAGCCGUCUCGUCCUCGGCUGUUUCGUCCUCGGUCGUCUCGUCUUCGUCAGCUAUUACGUCUUCGUCAGCUGUUACGUCUUCGUCAGCUUUCUCGUCUUCGUCAGCUGUUGGGUCUUCUUCAGUCGUCUCGUCUUCUUCAGUCGUCCCGUCUUCUUCAGCUAUUACGUCUUCGUCAGCUGUUGGGUCUUCUUCAGUCGUCUCGUCUUCUUCAGUCUUCUCGUCUUCUUCAGUCGUCUCGUCUUCGGCUGUUUCAUCUGCACCUGCCUCCUCAAGUGCUUCUGUGAUUACUCAUAGUAUGUCGUCAACCGCUGUCUCAAUCUCGGCUUCUGCCUCUGCCUCUGCCACCGCAAUCAGCAACGCUGCUGUCGCAGCUAACAUUCUGGUCAUUGCCAGAGAUGCUGCCUCUGCAGGCGUGGCCAGCUCUGGUCUCAACGGAUACGGUAUCCCAUUUACCACUCUGAUUGUUCCCUCCGCUGGUAUUGCCCUUCCUGACCUCAAUGGCACCGCUGGAGGAAACUUCGGCGGUAUUGUCGUCGCCUCUGAAGUCAGCUAUGACUAUGGCGCCCAAGGCUUCCAGAGUGCCCUGACCACCGAUCAGUGGAACCAGCUUUAUGCUUACCAGCUUGAAUAUGGUGUCCGUAUGGUCCAAUAUGAUGUUUACCCAGGUCCUAAGUUUGGUGCAACUGCUCUUGGCGGAUGCUGUGAUACUGGAGUUGAGCAACUUCUGUCGUUCACCGAUACCAGUGAUUUCCCCACAUCUGGCCUGAGAACUGGUGCAGGUGUCAGCACUAGUGGUCUGUGGCACUACCCCGCGACUAUCAGCAACACCACCUCUACUAAGCAGAUUGCUGCAUUCGCCCCUACCACAGGCUUUACCACCGAGAGUGUCGCUGCUGUGAUCAAUGACUUCGAUGGUCGUCAACAGAUGGCCUUCUUCAUUGGUUUCGACACCACCUGGAGUGCUACCUCCAACUACCUGCAGCACUCAUGGAUCACCUGGAUCACUCGCGGUCUGCAUGCUGGAUACCGCCGUGUUAACCUGAACACCCAGAUUGAUGACAUGUUCCUCGAGACUGAGAUUUACUCCCCCGCUGGUAAAAACUUCCGUAUUCGCGCCCAGGAUCUGGCCAACAUUGCCACCUGGACUGAUGCCAUCAACGCCAAGAUGCCUGCUGGCAGUUCUUACUUCGUCGAAGUCGGCCACAACGGUAACGGAAACAUCGAGAACUCUUCCGAUACCUCGGAUGCUGGUUGGGAUGCUUGCGGCGCUGCUAUCGAAUAUGAUUCGCCUCUCGACACUCCCCUCGAGUGGGUCAAGCCUCUCGGAACUGGCACUAACCUGUGGCCCGACGUUCCCACUACUUACGACUGGACUGCUACUUGCACUGCCAUGGAUGAGCUCCUAGCCUGGUGGACCACAGAAAGCAACCUUAACAAGUUCGGCCACAUUUCCCACACCUUCACCCACGAGGAGCAGGAUAAUGCCACCUACAGCGAUGUCUACAAGGAGAUCAGCUUCAACCAGGCUUGGCUCAAGGCUGUCGGUAUCGACAAGGCCACCAAGUUCACUUCCAAUGGUAUCAUUCCUCCUGCUAUCACUGGUCUGCACAAUGGCGAUGCUCUUCGGGCCUGGUGGGAGAACGGAAUCACCAACUGUGUUGGUGAUAACACCCGUCCUGCCCUUUUGAACACGGAGAAUAAAAUGUGGCCUCUCUUCACAACUGCUGCCGCCAACAACUUCGAUGGUAUGCAGAUCAACCCUCGAUGGGCCUCUCGCAUUUACUAUAACUGCGAUACCCCUGAAUGUACUGUCGCCGAAUGGAUCGCCACCUCUGCUGGUGCUGGUAACUUCCAGGACCUCCUGGAAAUCGAGAAGGGUGAAACCAUGCGUCAUCUCUUCGGUCUCUUCCACGAUGGUUACAUGUUCCACCAGGCCAACCUCCGCAACAUCGAUGUUGAUCCUAUCACCAUCAACGGUGUGACCGCGAAGUACUCCAUCAUGCAGGCUUGGGUUGAGGUUCAGGUUCAGGAGUUCACCCGCCUCGCCGAAUGGCCCAUCAUCACACUCACCCACCAGGAGAUGUCCGCUUCCUUCCUUGCCCGCUACAACCGUGACAAGUGUGGUUACUCUCUGAGCUACGCCAUCAGCAACAAGAAGAUCACUGGAGUCACUGUCUCUGCCACUGGCAAUACCUGCACUGACCCUAUCCCGGUGACCUUCCCUGUUGCUCCUACCAGCACCCAGGGCUUCGCCACCGAGCAGAUCGGCGCUGACCCCCUGACCGUCUGGGUGAAGCUUUCUGGCUCCCCUGUUACAUUCAAUCUUUCCACCCCCAUUUCCCUUUGA